CAAUGCGCUGCCUAGGCAAUGUGACGUUGUUUCCAUGUGUUUUUGAGGUACUUUUGUUUAUUAAAAUAAAGGUUCACAAAGACUGCCAGGCCUGUACACGACAAAAAACCACAUGGCAGUCUGAAUAAUCUAGUUGACCCUUCUGACCCAUUGGUUUCGGCUAAUACUGGAUUCGUUGUGCUCCCAAUAGUUCAUAAUACCAUGAUUACUGAUUAUAAAAUUGUGUAAAACCAUGAUUCGACAUUACCUAUCGUUGUAUUACGUUUCCCGUAUCUCUUGUUUAUAUUUAUCAUUUACAAACACAACUUGAAAGUUGUGCAAACUUAAUGUUAUUAUUACGUUCUGCAGUUAGAUUGAUAGUUAAUACGAUGCCGGACAUAAAAUUAAUUAGACCAUGUUCAUUAAAAAGUAGUUUUACUUAUGAGGAUGCCAUUGAAGCCCUUAACGGCUUACAGAGCAAUGCUUCUGUAUUACAACAGUCAAAGACUCGAGCUCACAACGAAGCUUGCAAAAAUUUAGAUGAAACUAGAAAGUAUAUGUUUCGUUGUGGAGUUUCUAUGAGUAAACUUAAUUUGCUUUCUGUUAUCCAUGUUGCCGGCACAAAAGGAAAGGGUACAACUUGUGCUUUGAGUGAAUCUAUUCUACGUUCCCAUGGGUUCAGGACAGGUUUUUUCUCAUCACCGCAUUUAACUUGUGUUACUGAAAGAAUACGACUUUGUGGAAAACCAAUAAAUAGAGACGUAUUUGUUCACUACUUUGAAACAGUCUACAAAGCGCUAGAAAGUAAAAAGGAGCAUACCCAUGACAUGCCACCAUACUUUAAAUUUUUAACUAUUCUUGCGUUCCAAAUAUUUAUUUCUGAGAAUGUAGACGUAGCAAUAAUCGAAGUUGGAAUAGGAGGUGAACAUGAUUGCACAAAUGUUUUGAGGAACGUAUCAACAGUAGGUAUAACAUCCUUAGGUAUUGAACAUACUGCAAUUUUGGGCGACACAAUUGAACAAAUAGCUUGGCAAAAAGCUGGUAUUAUGAAACCUGGUUGCCGAGCAUUUACAGUUCCUCAAAAAUAUCCAAGUGCCAUGACUGUUCUCAAGAAACGUGCAGAGGAAAUUAAUAUACCUUUAAAAGUGGUACCCACAUAUGAUUCAUAUACAUUUUCAAGUGAACCUGAUUUACAAGUUGAAACUGAAGCCCAGAAAUUAAAUUUAUCUUUAGCAAUUCAAAUAACUAAUCAUUGGAUGCAAAAACAUCGUAAUGAAAUUGGAAUAAAUCAGAUGCCAUUGCAAGAUUAUCAAACCAAUUUUAUAUUAGAUAUUGAUGAAACUUUUGUAAGAGGAAUCAACAAACUUUCAUGGCUUGGAAGAUACCAAAUAGUAAAAUGGAAGUGUUUGAAUGUGUAUUUAGAUGGGGCUCAUACUAUGGAAAGCUUAGAGACAUGUGUGGAGUGGUUUAAAAGGAAAUCUAGUGGAAACAUCACACAUCCGAAAGUCUUAAUAUUCAAUGCAACAGGUGAUAGAAAUUCAUCAUUACUUUUGAAAAAGGUGGUUACGCAAUGCUAUUUUAAAAGUGUGAUGUUUGUACCCAAUGCUGCUCAUGCAGAUCGUGCUCUUCGUAAUGAUCAAAAUAAUUACUCUAUGCCGCUAAAUAUGCAAAUGGAACGUUGCUAUGAGCACCGGGACGCUUGGAACAAGAUUAUUGAAGAACAACACAGAAACACUAAUAUCUUGAAUAAUUUAUGCAGUGAUUUUAAAAGUAAUAGGAAAUCAAAUCAGAAUAUCUCAGAAUCUCUUUCAUCAAUCAAUGCAGAAAAUUCUCAACAAUUUAAAUCAACAAAUGCACAUAGUAGUAGUUUUAUUGUGGAAACCAUAUCAUGCAAAAGUAAUGGAAUUAUGACAAAUAAUUGCCAUAAUAAAGAAAAUAAUAUGGAAAAUUCUAAUAUUAAAAAUAUGAAUAUAACAGAAAAUGGAACAAAAAAGAUGGAAAUAGAGCAAUCGAGGGAAAUAAAUAAUCCUUUUAAAUCCUACAACAGUGAAUGUCAUGUUUUUGACAGUGUCUACACAGCACUACAAUUUUCAGUUCAACAAUAUGGACCAUGUGAUGUCUUGGUGACUGGUUCAUUGCAUCUGAUCGGAGCUACUUUAAUAGCAUUAGAUCACAAUUCUGCAAAUGGUUAAAAUAUCUUAAAUCAGUCAAAAAUGAGGGAGAAAUCUUUGAAAAUAGAGAAAAUAUAACUUCAACUAUAUUCUUGCAUCACAAUUUCCUAUAU